CUACACAACAACAAAAAUUAAAAAAUCAAAUUGUAAGAGCAACGUGUUGUAAAAUUUUUAUAAUUGUAAAUACAUCCAUAAAAUAUAUAAAAAAACAUGUCUUCACAACCAGUAACGUUAAAACAACCUGGUAAAAGUUGGCGUGAAAUAAACCAAGAACGUAAAGCACAAAAACGCCAAAGAAAUGAGGAAAAGAUUAUCAAACGUGAGAAGCGGUUAGCUCUUGAAAAGGAAAUAGAAUUGAAAGAAAAAGUAGAGAGUGAAAUAACGAAAAAGAAUGCGGAAAUAUCUACUGUUAGCAUAGCCGUGCCAGGAUCGAUAUUGGAAAACGCUCAGUCAGCGGAAUUGCGUACCUAUUUGGCAGGGCAAAUUGCUAGAGCCGCAUGUGUCUUUUGUGUUGACGAAGUCAUCGUAUACGAUGAUAUUGGUGAUAAGAUAAACACUAAAAAGUCCAAAUUAGAGGAGGCUGAUGGUGUCACAGUGGCGCGCAGGAGUUGUGUCCAACUGGCAAGAAUAUUGCAGUACUUAGAGUGCCCACAGUACUUGAGAAAACAUUUUUUCCCAUUGCAUAAAGAUCUCGAGUUUGCUGGCCUGCUCAACCCACUUGAUGCCCCACACCAUUUGAGGCAGUCAAAUGAUUUCAAAUUCAGGGAAGGUAUUACUAUGAAUAAAAAGGUGAAGCCUGGACGUGGUUCUCAGGUCAAUGUGGGGUUAUUGCAGGAUGUAUCUACUGAUAAAUUGUUAAACCCUGGGAUCAGAGUUACAGUUAAAAUGAUGCCUACUUCAGAGGGUAGCAAAAAGUUAAAAGGGAAGAUUGUCAGCUUGUCAACUCCAAGGGCUGAAACAGGAGUUUACUGGGGCUAUACUGUGAGAAUUGUUAACAGUUUGAGUCAAUUAUUUACAAAAUGCCCUUACAAAGAUGGGUAUGAUGUAACUAUAGGAACAUCCGACAGGGGCACUCCAAUAGAUGAUUUGCCAGAUAAAGGAGUAAAUUAUAAUCAUGCUCUAAUAGUUUUUGGAGGUCUGCAUGGCAUAGAGGCAGCACUAGAAAGUGAUGAACAGUUACAAGUUGAUGAUUCUUCUCUACUUUUCAACCACUAUGUAAAUGUUCUGCCAAGGCAGGGCUCCAGGACUAUUCGAACAGAGGAAGCAAUCCUAAUAGCUAUGUCAAGCCUGAGAACAAAAUUAAAAGCAAACAAUGAACCUAUGAUAUUUAAAGAGACAGGGAUAGCUGUCAGUUCAACAUUCCCAGCAUCAAAAACGGAUUUAUCAAGCGAUGAAAACCAUUUAGAUUUGAGAAGAUUUGAUUAAAACUAAGA